CAUAGGAGUAUUAUUUAAUCACAGGUGGCCGUAAAACGUUAAAAAGAGUCCAACCAACCACUAAUACCUCUCCUCUAAUUUCGUUCCAAGAAAUAAUAAUUGCAGAUUUUUUCUUUUAAUAAAUUAAUUAAUACUCCAAAAAUGAUUAGCUGUAGAGGCGGAGUUGGUAUAUAAACACCAGCUUGUCACACCCUCUCUUCUGCUCUUUCAGAAACACACUGCAAAAGCUAAACCACUCGUCUUUUUCUUCAAUUCGAUUCCCCUACGUCUCUAAUUUGAUUCUCCAAUUGAAAAAGGUUAGCGCGCCUGAAUCCAUUCGUAUCUAAGGUUUUGAUCCCUUGAACAUCGUCAUCACUCUCAGUAAUCUCUAGCUCAAGACAAAGACCAGGGAAUGCUGAAAGAUGUGCUUUCCGGCUAGACAGUCUUUCUCCGACUUUGAUGAGGCAGAAGCUCGAUUUGAGCUGCCUUUCUUUGUCUUCGAUGAGAUUGGACAGUUAGGUCUUAGUCCUGUCUAUAUCUGCUGUGAGAAGGCGGCACUGGUUAGGUAUUCUUGGGCGCAGAUUGGCUCGUAUGAUGAUGUUUGUGAAGACGGUUGAGUUGUUGCUUUCUUGAAGGUGGGUUUGUGUGUUUAGUACAUAAGGCUGAGUUAGUUGGUAAAGUAGUGCUUGAGUUGUUUGCUGAGGAUGGAUAGUAAAGGUGGGAUCUUGAUGGAGAGGUACGAGUUUGGGAAGUUGCUCGGGCAAGGCACCUUUGCGAAGGUCUACCACGCGAGGGAUGUCAAGAAUGGGGCGAGUGUGGCCAUUAAGGUGAUCGACAAGGAGAAGAUUGUGAAGGUUGGGAUGAUGGAGCAGAUCAAGAGAGAGAUUUCUGUGAUGAAACUCGUGAGGCAUCCGAAUGUUGUGCAGCUCUACGAGGUUAUGGCCACCAAAGCGAAGAUCUACUUCAUAAUGGAGUAUGUGAGAGGAGGCGAGCUUUUCAACAAGGUGACGAAGGGGAAGAUGAAGGAGGACGCUGCGAGGAAAUUCUUCCAGCAGCUGAUCAGUGCUGUUGAUUUCUGCCAUAGUAGGGGUGUUUAUCACCGGGAUCUCAAGCCCGAGAACUUGCUGCUGGAUGAACACGGGAACCUGAAAAUCUCCGACUUUGGAUUGAGUGCCCUAGCAGAAUCAAGGCAGCAAGACGGACUGCUCCACACAACGUGUGGGACGCCUGCCUAUGUUGCACCGGAGGUCAUCAGCAGACGAGGCUAUGAUGGUGCCAAAGCCGACAUCUGGUCAUGUGGUGUGAUCUUGUUCGUGUUGUUGUCGGGUCAACUUCCGUUCCACGACUCCAACUUGAUGGAGAUGUACAGGAAAAUAGGCAAGGCGGAGUUCAAGUACCCCAACUGGAUCCCACCGGAUGCGCGUAGGCUGAUCUCCAAGAUUCUGGAUCCGAAUCCGAGCACCAGGAUCUCCAUAUCCAAGAUCAUGGAGAAUUCUUGGUUCCGUAGAGGUCUCAAAUCCAAAGCCCCAGCCCCGGGAAGCGCUGCAGCCACGACCAACAACGAGAAAGAAGAAGCAAUUCUUGAUAUAGACGCGAAGGCUGAGCUUGCAAAGCCCGUGAAUCUCAACGCCUUUGAGAUAAUCUCCCUCUCAGCCGGCUUUGACCUCUCCGGCUUGUUCGAGGGCAGCGACCAGAAGAAAGAAAUCAAGUUCACGUCCGCCAAGAACGCCAAGACCAUCAUCUCGAAGCUAGAGGAAGUAGCCACACGUCUGAAGAUGAAGGUGUCGAAGAAGAAUGGAGGGCAUAUGAAAUUCGAUGGAACGAGGGAAGGGAGGAAAGGGUUGCUGUCCAUCGAUGCAGAGAUCUUCGAGGUUGCACCAGAUUUUCAUCUAGUCGAGAUGAAGAAGGCGAACGGAGACACGUUGGAGUAUCAAAAGGUGGUGAAGAAGGAGAUAAGGCCGUCGUUGAAGGAUAUUGUUUGGACAUGGCAAGGGGAGGAGCCGCCGCCUCCACCACCGCAGCAACCAGAUAAAACAGAGUUUCAGACAUCUCAAGUUUCAGAGUUAUUACCUUAGAAGCUUUAGGUUUUGUUUUAUGAUUGUGAUUUAGAUAUUUAUUUAUCGUAUUUUUCUUUAGGCAAGAGUUGCAUUCCCUCGGAUCUUUUAGCCAUUUGUAUCUUUGUGCUAAUUUUUCGAGUUAUAUAAUCUCACUUUGCUAA